AUGACGCUGUUUAAGUACUCUGAAGCCGCACAGAUCGGAAUCACAGCAGCAUUUGCCUUCCUUGUCAUUGCUGAUCUGUUUGGUAACAGCCUGGUCUGUUUAGUUGUGUUCCGCAACAGGUAAGAUAAUAAUACUCUUACUUCCUCAGUAGAUGAUCAGAUAUUUCUGCCGCAGCAGCAUCGUAAUUGAGUACUGUUCUCAUUAGCUUUGGGUUAUCGCGUUUUCAGUUCUGACUUGAAAUUGUCGGGUCAAUGAUAUUAGCCGUAAAAUUUCGUUAGAUUUAAAGAGUGUGAGAUGCUUUUGAUCGAUUCAUUUUAGUCCAAAGAAAACGAAGGAACGAGAAUUGUGAAAAUUUUUCCUUUUUUAAGAAAAUUGAUAAACGCCAUUUUUACUCGUCGCUAAUGUUCCAAAGACUCGUCUUAUUUUGUCGACCAUUGAAUAGUAGUUACCCUUAAAAUCACGAAUAAGACAUGUACAUGUCAAAAGGUUUUGCCCAAAAUAGCUGAUAAAUGUCAUGUGUCUGAGCGAAUGUAUCUGUGUGGCUUUGAGGACCUUUGAGGGUAGUUCUCGCUUUGUGUGGUUUGUAUGUGUGUUGUACGGUGUUGAACGUACUAUAGCCCAUAAUUGAUACUAGAAACCAAUGAGAUUUUACAUACUAAAGGCAUUGCUAAAGGUCAAACAGGGGCAUUUUGAGACCGCCAUCUUGGUUCUUCACAUUCUUUUGAAAUAUGGCCAAAUAUUGGUGCUGCUUUCAAGAAUCAUUUAUGACCUAAUUCUAUCGCAAAGGCGGUCCUCAAGGUGUGGAGUGCACGCGAAGGUCUACCUGUUCGCAAUGCAAAGGGAGUACUUUCAUUUCUCAGUUAUUAUAACUAUUCCGAUCCUAGGACGAACCCACGACCUCCCGCUCUGCAGUCAAGCACUCUACCGACUGAACUAAUCCUCCUGAUUUUUUGAAAGCUGUACUGAGUUAAUUAAUCUGGUAAACAAGUUGUAUCCUUACGCGCGUACAAACCGUAAAAAGCCGUAAAGUUCAACAGACCUUUCACGUUCAGAAUGUUUAAGUUUAAAACACAAAAACAAAACAAAACAAAACAAAACAAAAAGUUUAAAACAUUUCCGUUAAGAGGAUUCGAAGCCACCUCAAAUAUGUACUGUGAAAUGACAAAGCGUUGUAAGUUGUAGCCUUGUAGGCGCCUUUAAGGGACGAAAUUUGUUCCGAAGUCUGUGUUUUAAUUAUAAAUUGCCUUCUAAGAUUUGCCUAACCUUAACUAGGAUCUGUUUUUAACUAAUGUACUUAUUGCUAAAAUAAGUUUUAUUGAAAUUUGUUCUCAAUACAGAAUGAUGCGCACUCCAAUGAAUUUUCUCCUCGUCAAUUUAGCUGUUGCUGAUAUGACGGUGGCAGUCUUCAUCGCAAUUCGCUACAUCUUCACCUUGGUAUUUGUCCACCCAAAGGGAGAAAUAGGUGACUUUGUUUGCCAGCUUCUCACAGGUGAAGCUUUUACGUGGGUUGGCGCGCUUGCUUCGGCCUUCUCUCUCGUUUGCAUCGCUUUAGAACGAUACCUUGCCAUCAAAUUUCCAUAUGACGAACAAAAAAGGAUUACAACUGCCAAACUCAAGAUCAUUGUCGUAGUCUUGUGGGUGAUGGCAGCGUCUUGGAACAUGCCACUGUUUCUUUACGCACGAUACGACCCUGUCAGUGAAUUUUGCUUAUUCCACUGGCCAAGUGCUAACUUCUCGAAGUUUCACAGUCCCGCAUGCGCUGUGGUAUACGGUGCCUUGCCAAUCACCAUUAUGAUUUACCUGUAUUCUAAGCUGGUUUACAAACUAUGGUUUCGUCCCAUCAGUUCCAGCUCAACAAUUGCACAACAGAACAAGCUGAGAUACCGCAAGAAAUCUGCACGGCUGGUUGUAACAGUCAGUGUGAUUUACUCCGUUUGUUGGAUCCCAGUGUUGGCUAUUUACGUGAUAUCUUCGUUUACGAGCCUACAGAUAUAUUCCUCUGUACACACGACAAGUAUAGUGUUUGUAACACUCAACUCCGCUAUAAACCCAGUGCUGUAUAGCUUGCAGAGCGAUCGUUUUCGAAAGCACAUGUUAGCUUUGUUGCAGUUUCCUUGCUGUACGUGCACGAGCUGUAGGGUCGUUCCUGCCCAAGUCACAACAUCAAAUGAGGAUAGAGAUUUCAAAAAAACGGCCUCCACUGGUUUAAAAAUGUUCCCGUUUGAGAGCAGAAAUGCAACUGGCUAA